AUGCCAAUACCCGUUAGAAACGGGCCCUCUGCCAGCCAGUUUCGCCAACUUCUGCACGACCGGAUUGACCAGGCUUCUGACAACGGGUCCAUCGAUGACAUUCCCCGCGGAGCUGGGAGCCCCAUGGGCUCCGUUCUCUCAGUUCCGGAUGAUGUCUCGGUUCAAGGUUCAAUACUCUCCUCUCCCGGCAGUAGCGUCCUCCCUCACUAG